AUGACGCUCCAACACACCGCACGCCGGCCUUCACGGACAGAGGCGCCGCGGCCUCUUGGCCCUCUGGAUGAGGAUGAUCUACUCAACAGCAGAGGUGUGGUGACUUCGCCAAACAGACAAAUUUCCCAUGAAUCCUCCAACGGGAUCAAGGAGCUCUCGGUGAUGUCUUCCCGGACACUGAUUAGCCGCCAAAAGCUGAACCAGGAAGUUUGGAGCCCUGAGGAGGUUGCACGCAAAGAGGCCGUCAUUCCGCUGCUGACACCAAGCCUCGACCUCCUUAGCCAAAGCGAACCCGGCAUCUUCGGGCAGAUCUUCUACCAAAACGUCUUCCAGAAUCCUGAGCAUGCGAAGGCCUUGAAGCCUCUCUUUGCCGGCAAGGAUAUGGAAAGAACGACGAAUGCCUUUGGUCGCAUUCCCUGCGAGAUGCUCCGUUUGCUUAUGCUGCCGAGCAAAGCCCUCAUGACCUUAGAGACCUUGAGCCUCGCGCUGCGACACGUGGACUAUGGUGCCAAACGGGAGCACAAUGAGGUGUUCGGCAACAGCUUCCUGCGUGCACUCUCGCAGUUCCUCAUCCGAGAGGGCGGAGUUUGGGAUUCCGACAUCUCUGACGGCUGGGCCUGGGUCUACACCACCUUCAGCGAUGAGUUGCUCAGAGCCUUGGAAACGGUGAGGCCGAAGGUGGAAGCCGUGCGAAGCUCCUGGAACCAAAUCAUCACCAAGACACUGAUGCAAUCUGAGCUUUCUAGCGACUCGCGCAUCUCCGGUUCCGGCCGGCGGCACAGCGUCAGCGGACGCACGCUGGCGAGCAUCCAUGGGACCCGAGUGAUGGUGAACGGAGGAAGCAGCACCAAGCAUGCCAAGAAGCGCAACAUGCUGAACGCCGAAAUGGUCGAGGAAGAUGGAGCUGAUGGGCAUCAGCGCGCAGUGGUUUCUGUUGGGGCGGCUAUGGCCCAACGGCUUCAGGAGGGUAUGGCCCAGUCAAAAGAGCAAGCAAAGUUCGCAUGGAGCGAGAAGCAUGGACAGAAGCUGGGCACUGCGCUGGAGCUCGUCGUGUCCACAGCCACACGGCCCAAGGAGCUCGAGAGGCACUUGUUCAAGCUUGCCCAACGUCAUGUCGAGUUGGGGGUGAAACCGGCGCACCUCAAGGUCUUCGAGUCCUGUCUUUUGGACUUGCUGGAAGCCAGCCUGUCGGCAGCUGCUUUGGAGAAUGCGCAGCCUGCCUGGAAGUGGCUUUGGGACAUUGUGGAAAGAACCUUCGUGGAUGUGCUCGCGAACUGGGAGACUAUGCAGACAUCGCUAACUGCAUCCUGGGACGCCGUUGCGAAAUACGAGGAUACUGCAGUGAAGCUGGCAAGGUCCUUCCACAACACCCUGUUGGAUCGCGUCAUGGUCUUCCGCACCAUGUUCAAGAAGCGGGAUGAAGCCUUAGCCUUGGUCUUCGCCAAAGCCCUCCAGCUGCUUGUGGCCUGCGUCCACGACAGCUCGCUGAUUGAGACAGAGCUGGAAAAGAUUUCUGUCAUGCACUGCAAGUUCGAUUUGCAAGCAUGGCACUUCGAGAUUUUCGGCCAAAUUCUCCUGGAGACGCUGGCCCAGUUUGGUGGACAGGCCUGGUGUGACGACUACACGGAGGCUUGGUCCAUGCUCUAUGGAAUGGCUUCUCAGACCUUCCUGGAGGCCAUCGAGGGCUCCCGGACCAGCCUUUGCAGUGCAUUGCUCCAAGGCUCCAGCAAGAAAGUGAAGGAGGCGCUCAGCAAGGCUCCUCGCGGAGAUCGUGCCGCCAGUGCCCUGCAAGUGGGCGUGGGGCGGCGGCAGCUGUCGCCACUUCUCUGGGCGCUACGAGACAUGCACCUGGAGGUGCUUGAGAUACUUCUCAGCGAUAUCCUGACAAUCCGCGCUGACCGGCAGUGCUUUUAUUAUGGAGUCGACGACCUUUGGAAGCGGUGCCCUGCGAUUCUUGAUGCAUUGGUAGAGUUUGCACCCCACCUGCUGGAGCCCCUGCUGGAUGGCCACAUGUGGGUGAGCCGCGAGACUACGGAUGGCUUGCGGCGGGUGAACCUCUGGGUCCAGUACAUCUAUGGCAACCCUGAAGAGCUAGAGCAUGUAUUUGCAGGUCCUUUGGGCACCCUGGUGGAGCGGCUGCCUGAGACCCAUAUCGAGGUGUUCCGUCAUCCCGUCAUUGCAGAGACCGUCAACCUGAAGUGGCAUCAGUUUGGGAGACGGCGCCUGAUCGUGGUUUCUCUUCAGCAGAUCACCUGUCUCGUCUCCUACCUCGUGGUCAGCAUGGUCCAAGAUCUGCCGCUUUGGCUUCUCCUCUGCGCCUGCACACUCUGGGGAACGAUCACCACUAUCCAGCUGGCCCACGGCUGCUACAUAGCCGCGUGGGAGGCUUGCACCCAGCGAUGCGUUUCGCUAGACUUCAAGCUUUGCCACCUGAAGGUGCCGCGAAGCCUUUGCCAAUUCUUCGUGCAGCUGCGCCUGGUUUGCUGUCUCCUGUCCUUGGUGGUGAUCGUGGCCAUGAUGCUACCUUGCUUUGACGAGAGCUCCACCCUGGAUUGCUUGGAUGGAGACCGCGCGGCGCCGCGGGUCCUCUCCGCGAGCGUUGCCUUCCUUCAGUGGAUUCAAAUGGCCGAGCUUUUCAAGCUUCAUGGCAAGAUGGCGGCAGUCGUUCUACUUGGCAAGGCCAUGAUGGAGGACGCGCUGCGCUUCAUGAUGGGCCUUGGGCUGUGGCUCAUCGCAGUCGGUGCAUCGCUGCAUAAGCUGCAGGAUGAGGAGAAUAGGCCAGAGAACGGUUUCUCCAGCGCGUACAAUUUGUUCGCGCAUGUCCUGGGCGUGGGCACCGAAACAGACAUGAGUUACUACGGAACCGGCCAAGUCAUCGACACGAUUAUUCGUGCCGUCUACUUGGGCGCACUGUGGGUCUCAGUGGUUCCGAUACUCAACGUUCUUGUCGCCGCGAUGGUGUCCACCUACUCCAAAGCAGAGUCUAUGACGCUGGGUUUGGCGAUCAAGGCCAGAGCAGCCUUUGUGCUGCGCAUGGAGGACAUGCUUCGGUUUAAGCGCCGCCUGCACUACUUCAAAGAAGCUGGCUUUGACGUGGCCCUGGCCUUCUCCGAACACGACCGAGGCCCGAGCGGCGGCAUCUCCAUGAUGUGCGACACGCUGCAGCUGAAGGAGCACGGCAGCUUCGCGCGCCGGGUCGGCACAGUCCUCUUCUUUGCUGGGGAGACUGGCGCGGAGCAGCCGUGGCCAGCCCACGACAUUCCAGUACUGUGCGACAUGGUAGACACUUCGACCGAAAGGCUUCCCUCCCAGGAGCUGCACCAACAACUGCUGUCCGAGCUUCGCGUUAUCCGCGACGCCACGACACGUGACAGGGUCAAUGGAGGGAAAGCAUUGCCGGAGCCGUCUGCUGCAUCUCGACACGUGGAGCUAUCGCUGGAGACACUGGCAGCGCUCGCCGAAGCGACGGCAGGCCACCACUGUUUUCUGGCCAUCGAAGGUCGAGUCUAUGAUGUGGGCGCAUACCUUCCGAAGCAUCCAGGUGGAAGCGGCGUGCUGGAAUCCGGCCGUGGCAGUGAUGUAAGUGAACUUUUUCGGACCGCCCACUCUCAACUGCCCCGGGCGCGUGCUGCUUUGGCAGAGCUUCCAGUGCUUGGCACCCUGCCCUACAAUGCGGCCCCGCUGGAGAGUGCAGGGAACAAGGUCUUCGUCUGA